GUCUCGCGCAUGCUCAGUGCCGCCUGCUGGCCUCUCGCCCGCGCCGUCGCGCGCCAUGGCGGCCCCCGCGCCCGCGGUACUGAAAGAUGUAGUGGCCUAUGUUGAAGUGUGGUCUUCCAAUGGGACAGAAAAUUAUUCAAAGACAUUUACAAACCAGCUUGUGGAAAUGGGGGCAAAGGUUUCAAAAACUUUUAACAAACAAGUUACUCACGUUGUCUUCAAAGAUGGCUACCAGAGCACGUGGGACAAGGCCCGGAAGAGGGGGACAAAGCUUGUUUCAGUGCUCUGGGUUGAAAAGUGCAGGACAGCUGGUGUGCAUGCUGACGAGGCCUUAUUCCCCGCAACUAACCCCAGUGAGCACACAGUGAGCCUGAUGAGGAAAAGGCGUAAGUGCAUGCAACCCAAAGAUUUUAUUCCUAAAACACCAGAAAAUGAUAAAAGACUUCAAAGGAAAUUUGAGAAAAUGACUGAAGAGCUUCAGAGACAAAAGACAACCCUAGAUGACAGCAUGCCUGUUUUCUUAUUUGAAUCUCAUGGCUCAUUGACGUCUAGUUCCUCAGUUAAAAUUAGUCACCACCAGGCAAUGGAGCAGAGGUUACAGGAGAUGAAGGAGAAGAGGGAACAGCUUUCCCCUACCUCUUCCCAGAGGACUGAGCAGGCUCACAGAAGCCCCAGCGACUCUCUGUGUGAGGCGUCUUUGGACAUUUCCCGGGAUACUGUGUGUGCAGAUGAAUCCUUUGCUGGUGGUUUGUACUCAUCUUUGGGUGAUCUCUGUGGAAGAUCAGGAUGUGGAAAUCAGGACAGGAAAUUGGGAGAUUCUGUUAAGGAAAUUAAAAGUGACACGUGCAGCUCCUCCCCUGUACUGAAAACCAGUAAUAUUCAUCCACUGGCAUCAUCCAGCUGCCUCAGCGAGUUAAGUCCCCAGAAAUGCGCGAGCGAUCUUCCAAAGGCAGAGGUCGGUCGGCUGAGAGACCUAGGUGGUGAAACUGUCACGCCAGACAGAAGACAGGCCCAAGGGGUAUCUGACCUGCAUGAGGUGAAAAGCAGUCCUCCUGCAACAUCUGCAGCCAGAGGGCAUCUCUGGCUGCAUUCAGUGCCCGGGAGCUCCUCAGCAAAGGGAAAAAGGACAUCCGUGGACCUGUGUUCACCUCCAAGGUCAACACUGAAGAGGAGGAGGAGCGGCCAGAGGCCUGUGGGCCCCUGGGAGCAGCAGCUUAGAUCUAGCAGAAGCCUGCGGUUCCCCACCUCAGCCGUCAUGGGCACUCCUGACUGUGGGGUGUCCUCUUAUGAGGAUUACUUCUCCCCCGAGAACCUCCAGGAGAGGACCUCAGCGGGCCACCCUCCUGUGUCUCGGCCAUCGCCAGGCCCUGCUCACUUCAGCUGCAGAAGUCUUUCCAAGAGGGAGAGAGCGAGCAUCCUAGAAAUGUCUGACCUCUCCUGCAUUGGGGAAAAAUCCACACUGGUCAGUAUCACCGAUUUGACAGCAAAAACUACCUCCAGCCUCCAGAGCCCUGCGUGCCUGGCUGCGGAGGACACACCUGCUGCUGAGGAAAGCCCAGGAUGCCGCGGUCGGGCUGGGAGUCCCCAGGGAGACGAUGCAGGCCCCACAGGAAGUCACCAUCCCCACAACACCCACGACCCUGCCGGUCCAGGGCAGGAGAGCAGCUGCUCCCCCGUGCAGGGCAGGAGAGCAGAGAGAGAACUAGUUGGCGGGAGAGGCACCCAGAAAGAGGGCCCUGAAGCUGCAGUGCCCAACUCCCCUGGGAGGCACACACAGAAGGAGUUCGAGCUGCACUUUGGAGGUGACCCUCAUGAGGAGCAAUCUGCAGAGGAAGAAAAAGAAAACCUAGCCCUGGGAUACAGUGGAUAUGUUAAAAAUGGACCAGCAAGGCACGACGUUUCAUACAGCUCACAGGAAGGUGUUCAGGACCUCGUCAGACCCCACGAGGAGUCAGAGAAAAGCAGGAAAAGCAAAAAGCUUCAGCCAACAAGAACAUUAGUCAUGACAAGCAUGCCAUCGGAGAAGCAGAGCGUCGUCAUCCAGGUGGUGGACACCCUGAAAGGCUUUUCCUUGGCGCCGGAAGUGUGCGAGACCACGACGCACGUGCUGGCCGGGAAGCCGCUGCGCACGCUGAAUGUGCUGCUGGGGAUCGGGCGCGGCUGCUGGGUGCUGUCUUAUGAGUGGGUGCUCUGGUCUUUGGAGCUGGGUCACUGGAUUUCUGAGGAACCUUUUGAACUCUCUACCUACUUCCCGGCAGCUCCUGUCUGCCGGCUCCAGCGCCUCUCGUCCCCCGGGCAGUACCGUGGAACCCUCUUUGCCGAUCAGCCCACGAUGUUCAUCUCUCCGGCCAGCAGCCCCCCCAGGGCCAAGCUGUGUGAGCUGGUCCUCCUGUGUGGGGGCCACAUCAGCCCAGGACCCCGACAUGCCAGCAUCUUCAUCGGGCCCUACAGCGGAAGGAGGAGGGCCACCGUCCAGCACCUGUCGGAAAAGUGGGUCCUAGAUUCCGUCAUGCAGCACAGGGUCUGUGCCUUUGAAAGCUACCUGCUUCGAGGGAGCGCCGUGGCCAGCACUCCGGGCUCGGAGCCUGGAAAGGAGGCACUGGCCCAGGAUGACUGCGGCCACAGCUCGGCCUGAGCAGCUGCAGCCUCCGAACCCUCUGCGCACAGACUCUGGACGUCAGGCUCUUUCCCCGGGAUGCUGCUGUCUGAACCUCAGUCCUGAUCACAGGCCUUUGUCAUUUGUCAUUACACACUCUAUUCCCAAAUAAAGAGUGGAGAUUUCCGUGUUUUAUCACUGA